CAUUUCUGCAGCCCGCAUCGCCAUGACACCUAAAUUAUUACUAGCACCAAUACCGUACUUCGAUGUUACAGUUACGUCUGCGGGGGUAGAGCUUAUUCUUACAUAGGAGUCAAGAUGGCGGACGAAGAGAAGCUGCCGCCCGGAUGGGAGAAACGAAUGAGUCGGAGCUCAGGGCGAGUAUAUUAUUUCAACCACAUGACAAAUGCAAGCCAGUGGGAAAGGCCAAGCGGCUCUGGAAAAAAUGGACAAAGUGAUCCAACAAAAGUGCGGUGUUCACAUCUACUGGUGAAGCACAGCCAGUCAAGGAGACCCUCAUCAUGGAGGCAGGAAAAGAUUACACGUACCAAGGAAGAAGCAUUGGAACUCAUAAAUGGUUACAUCCAGAAAAUAAAAUCUGGUGAUGAGGAUUUUGAAGCACUGGCCUCUCAGUUUAGCGACUGCAGCUCUGCUAAAGCUGGAGGAGAUUUGGGUAGCUUUGGGAGAGGAGAUAUGCAGAAGCCUUUCGAAGAUGCUACUUUUGCCUUGCGACCUGGAGAGAUGAGCGGUCCAGUUUUUACAGAUUCUGGCAUCCACAUUAUACUUCGCACUGAAUGAGUCCAUGUUUAUGGGGAAUUCACUACCCUUUUAAAAACAGAAAUAAGGGGUUUGGGAUAGUUAGAGAAUGCACAUUGGGGUGGGUAAGGGACCUGCAGAGAGAUGACUAGACUGUAAAAUAAAGUGCUGAUCUUUCACUGUGGCUAAUGCCAUCAAGACCUAAAGGCAGUGUUAUAUUUCUGUUAACUCAAAAUCAUUAACUGCUUAAAAGAACUUUUGUUUACAACUAGGUUUUGUGCAUGAACAGAUGGGAAGUUAUUCAGCUAGAAAUUACUUAAGCUUCUUCCAUAUUAAGAAAGGAAAAAAAAAUAAGCUUUAAACAAGCAAUAUGUUUUUAGAAAUUCAUGGUUUCCCUAUAAUAUGGUAGUUAUGAUUCAAGAUCUUUUCUUUCAGGUGCUGUGGCAUGAGCCCUUACUAGUGGCCAAGAUGUAACUAGCAAAAAACAUAUCCCUGUUGUCUUUCCCUAGUGCAUGCUUAUACAUUCUACCUGACAUCAGCAUUGGUACCUACCUGUGCAAACACACAUUUUGUUAUGAAAUGAUCAACAGUACCAUCUGCGAUCAAAUUUAAUUCUUGUCCGUACUUCAUGUAGCUUUAAUAAAAUUGGGUACUACUUUCAGUAACUACAUUCUGAAUUCGGUAUCGUGAGUGAAAAGGGAGGAGACAAAAUUAGUUGUUUUUUUGUUUCAUUUACAAAAUUUGUCUGAUAUUUUGGGGCUUUAUGUUUAAUAAACAUUUCCAUUUGUAUGUAAUUUGUACAGUUUAGAUCCAAUAAAUGUUUGUUUUAUUCCUAUGAAACCUUAUACAUUUGUCUAGCAUCAAUAAAUAUGAUUUAUAGAAAAGAGAAGUGAUUUAAACCUGAGACCAAAUUGAAUGACAAAUGACAAGGCCAUAUGUAUAAAAAAAAAAAAAAAAAAUCAAUUAGCCACGCUGAUUUAAAUAAAAAUAAAAAUUAAUCUUAUUCCAAGCUGUUUAAAAAAAAAAUUAAAAAAAAAUUACCUUUUUUGUGGUCGUAUUUGACUAAUUUAAUUGGGGUGUUCGGAAAAGUAAUUUAGCUGGUCUAUUUUUAUUCCAAGUAUUUUAUAACCAGUCAAACACAAAUGCUUAAUUUUACGAAUAUUUUAAAUAUCUGAACCCCCCCCUCCCCCUCAUUGUAUACGUCAGAGGGGUUAAGUCUAAAGUUGAAAUGUUUAUAUUUUUGGAACACUUAAUGUUGUGUUUAAUUUGAAAAAAAUCUAUAUAUUUGUAAUAUUGCGGUGGAGAUGAUACUUAAAAGGCACUAGGAUAUCAGACAUUUUUAUUAUUUAAAGGGGCAUUAAAAUGCUGAGCAGAACUACAGUAGAAUGUUUACUAAUCACACCAUGGUAUUGUUUUUCUUCCUGUGUGUGCAACUUGCCUAUUUUACCCCACACAGGUGCUGGUUGGUCAAGCUCUAGAUCUUCACGCUGGUAACUGCCAUCUUGAUGCUCGGGUAUCUUUGCACCCUGUGAUCGAAAUUAUGUGAAAUCAGAUUAGUAGUGAUGAUGGCUUUUUGACAGCUGUAUUUUGCUUUCAUGGUUAGCAUGUAUGAUUCAGAGCUGGAGCUUUACAUUUUUUGCAAUAGCUGCGUAGCUCUGUAUUAUUCAUUUGGCCUUUUUUUUUUUUUUUUUUAUAUAGGUUUCAUAACUUUUGAACGUAAACCUCCCUCUAUUGUGUGAGUUAAAGGGACACUCAGGUUAAAUUAAAUUUUCAUGAUUCAGAUACAGCAUGUAAUUUUUAACAACUUUCCAAUUUACUUCCAUUAAAAAAAAUGUGCACAGUCUUUUAUAUUUUCAUUUUUUGAGUCACCAGAAUCUACUGAGCAUGUGCAAGAAUUCAGACUAUACGUAUAUGCAUUUGUGAUUGGCUGAUUGCUAUCACAUGGUACAAGGGGAGUGGAAAUAUACAUAACUUUGAAAUUUGUUAUAAAAAAAAUCUACUCAUUUGAAGUUCCGACUAAGUGCUAUUACAUUGUCUUGUUAUCUUGCAUUUGUUGAUUAUGCAAAUCAAAUGUGUUGACUGGUCCUUUAACCCAAAUCACAUGAUAUAGCUGUGAAAAGGUUCAAGAACGUGAGCUCCAAGAUGGCAGUGCAAUGCAGAGCUUUAUAAACCAGCUUCUUUAAAGUAUUCAAAUUAAAAAAAAAAAAAAAAACUGUUCUAUCGUGAGUUGGGGAGAAAAAUAAAUAUGCCUGGUUAGUAACCAUGCUGUUGUAGAUAUCCAGCAAUUUAACAUCUUAUAUUUUUCAUUUUUAUAGAAUUCUAUCAUACUAUCAAUUUCAGAGUGUGCAAUACACAGUCAACUAAGAGAAUACUCUCACAGUUUAGGAUAAAUCCAAUCUGAUGCAUGUGACCACCUCAUGCUUAUGGCAGCUGGGAAUAGAACACCAAUUUUAUAGCAUAUUCACUCCUGCAGGAGCAAUGACUUUCCUGGCUUUAUGCCAAUGGAUAACCAGUUCUUCCAUUUUUUUUAUUGUUAUUGGAGACCAUAUUUAUUAAGGUAACUUAGUGGUUAUUUGGCUCUGUGGUAUUUCAUUUUUUGCUGCUGUUCAACUAACUAGUAACACAAUAAAGAGUUGUCUGUGUA